GAGCGUAAGAGGUUGAAGUAACUGGAAGUUGGUAGCAUUCAUUGUUUUUUCAAGUUUUUGGAUAUCAUUGGAUUAAGGUGCGCGAUAAAUUAAUCUGCUAGUGUAUUUCUAAUUAAUCAGAACUUGUGUCUUAUCAAAUAAAACAAGAUGCCUAACAUUAAGCUCCAGUCUUCAGACAGUGAAAUUUUUACUGUCGACGUUGAGAUAGCAAAAUGCUCGGUUACAAUAAAGACAAUGUUGGAAGACUUGGGAAUGGAAGACGACGAAGAGGAGGUAGUACCACUGCCAAACGUAAAUUCUGCUAUACUAAAAAAAGUGAUACAAUGGGCAACCUAUCACAAAGAUGACCCUCCAUUGCCAGAAGAUGAUGAGAAUAAAGAGAAACGAACAGAUGACAUUUCUUCAUGGGAUGCAGAUUUCUUGAAAGUUGAUCAAGGCACUCUUUUUGAGCUUAUACUAGCUGCCAACUACCUAGAUAUAAAAGGGUUACUGGAUGUUACAUGCAAAACAGUGGCCAAUAUGAUCAAGGGUAAAACUCCUGAAGAAAUACGCAAAACAUUCAACAUUAAAAAUGAUUUUACUGCUGCUGAAGAAGACCAAGUUCGUAAGGAGAAUGAGUGGUGCGAGGAAAAGUAAAUUGCAAGUCAUUGUAACAACACUCUCUGUUUAGAUUUAAUAUAUCUAAAAUAUGUUGUAAGUUUCUAACAAUGUAUCUAUAAUUCAAUUACCUGUCUAUAAUAGAUCUGUAGUGAUAAAAUUACAGGACUUAUAGAUUAUAGACUGAAGUCAAAAAGACAUAUAACCCACUAUUUUAUUUGAACUUCAUUCAUUCAACAAUAAACUGAACAUUUCAGGAAUAUACAAAUUGAUUUUAGAAUAAAUUCUCUGAACUCUCAGUAUUAGUAUUUUAAUUAUAUUAAAUUAAACUAUUGAUAACAUUACUCUUUGAAAUCCUCUUAUUUAUUUGCACAUCCUUGUUACUUUUCAACAUGUAUAUAUGCUUGGAAUGAAUUAGUAAAUCAUUCUUGUAACAAAUUAUUUGUAAUUUUUAUUUUGUAAGCAUAGUACUUUGAGAAGGGGUUUAAUUUAUUUUUCUUUGCCUUAGUGCAUCAAUGGUACUAAUAUCAUUCAUCAGUCAAACUAAUGUGAUUGUAAUUGAAUACUAUUAUUGAUUUUUUUGUACUGAUUCAUACAAAUACUAAUUCUUAUUCAUCAUAACCCUUGUAAACUAGCAGAUUUGAUAGUGUAUUGGUGUGAACUUAUCAUAAACAAAACAUCAACUUGGAUAGGUCAUUUCGCCUGUGUUUACAAACAUGAAUCAUAAAUAAAAAAAUCAAUGUUGUAAACCAACUA